CACACACACAUCAGACUGAAGGAGUACAUUCCUGAAGGAAACCAGCUGAACACCGGGAUGCCCAGUUCAGAACACUGAAAUUAAAGCAUCCUGUUCUUAAAUCUGAAGUGUAAUUCAUUUCCUAGAAUAGUUCCCUGACAGAAGAUAUACUAGCUGUGUGUGAUACAGAUUCCAGUUGGCUUCAUUUUGCACAUGAUAUUGGCUUUGAAACACUCACUUCAAAAACUCAAGAAGCUUCUGCAGAUGUGGAAGAAACUGUUUUGUCAGUUUUAGCCUGGGCACUAAGCAGCAAAAGCUUAUUAAAAAGAAAACAAUGAAGGAAACCUAGGCAAAAGAGGAAUGGGAAAAAAUAAAGGUGCAUGCAAUAAGGAAGUUCCGAAAUACUGAAAAGAGGUAUUACUAUAUGCUAAAAUAAUCAAUCUCAAGUCAUAAAAUAUGACAGCAAACAGUGUCUGAAUGCAAGCUGCUGCCCUAUAAAGAAGAAUUCGGUUUAUGGAAUGAACUGUAAAAGUUAUCUGAUAAACCAAGUUUAUUUCUUUGAAGUGAUAUAGGCAGACCUUCAGUUCCUCUGCACUUGCUUUACUCCUCUGAGAUCUACGUGUCUGAAGUUUCCUUCUGUCUAAGGUUGAAUUGUGACCAGAAACCUUCCCCUGACCCUGACAAUGGCCACUCUACUAACAGUGCUUGUUUUGCUGUCUCUGCAAAUCAAAAUCUUUUGUAUACCUUUCACUGACCAGGACAGUAAUGGUUUGGGAAGCAGUUGCCAAUGUGAUCCAGUGCUAUGUCCACAGCUGCAAGGUUGCCUGGCAGGAGUAGUACUGGACCAAUGCAGCUGCUGCCAUGAGUGUGCGAAUAUAGAGGGUCAGUCCUGUGACCUGGAUAAAAAGAGUUACUUCUAUGGACACUGUGGCGAUAACCUAGAAUGCAAAGUAGACAUGAAAGACCUCAGUCAUGGUGAGAUUCCUGAACCACGGUGUGUAUGCCAGUUCCAACAUCCAGUCUGUGGAACAGAUAGACAAACUUAUCUGAACAUAUGCAAGUUUAAUGAGGCAUUACAUGGAAACAGUACUGUGAACCUUGCUAUUGCCCACCGUGGACCUUGUCAGUCAGGUCCCCAAAUAAAAGCGGCUCCUCAAGAUCAGAUUAGCAGAAAGGGAGAUGAUGUAAUUUUUCGUUGUGAAGUUUUUGCUUAUCCCAUGGCUCUCAUACAAUGGAAAAGGGAAAAUAGCAGCCUUCUUCUCCCUGGAGAUGACGCCCAUAUUUCAGUUCAGUCAAGAGGAGGUCCUCUGAGGUAUGAACUUUCUAGCUGGCUGCAGAUUGAAAGAGUCAAUGAAAAGGAUAUGGGUGUAUACUACUGUUCAGCGCACAACAAAUAUGGCAGUGUAGCAGCCAAAGCAACUCUUCUGGUUACUGUGAAAGAUGAAGCCCCUUUAACAAAGAGGAAUGAAGACAUUCUUGCUGAGGAGGCGGAGGAGUAUGAUUACUACUAAUGACAGAUGUCUUCAGAAGACAACACAAGAUAAAAAAUAUAUAAGUGCUACAGCUUCAGCUGAUGACCCUACGAAAACAACUCAGAAUCUGAUGACAUGGAAAUCUGAUAUAAUUAGCCUUGUCUGAGUGGCAUCUGCUGUGUGGAACACUAUAUGUUUGCUGUCAAAUGUAUGCAGUGCACAAAAGUAAUAAAACUGAAUGUAGCCUAUAAAUAAUAUACAGUGUUGGUCCUGAGAUGUGACACAUGGUAUACCUUAUACAGCAUUUGAAUUACA